AUUGUCAAUGUCAAACAACCUGAUUGUAUUGUUAGAACAAAGUUAGGUUAUUUUGAAAUUACGACACUUUUAUAAAUAUUUUAUUAAAUUAAAAAAACAACAAUGAAGUUAUCUCAAGUUUUAAAUCGACAACAUAUUGGUUUUAUGUUUAAAAAGCAUUGGCUCGUGCAGGGUAAACGCGUACCUAUAGACACUGGAGUUGAGGAAGUUUUGCGAGCAAAAGGCAUUCCUGUUGAAGAUGCCCUCGAAUUUGUUAAAGAAAAACCCGAACCAAGAGAACGCAUCAAUAUAGUAGGCCAGUACGAGCAACCAUUACCAUUAGAUCAAAACCAUCCAGACUAUAAAGAAAGGCCUUGCUACACACUUAAAAACACAAAUGUUCUGCUAGAAGGUAUUGCUCAGGCACAAGUCAUUACCAAAACAAUACUAGCUGAAGACAAGUUGCCUCAAAAAAUUGAAGAGCUUGCAGAAGUUGUGGCCCCGAAAACUGUUCAUGAUGGUGUAAAAAAGGCCAUUUUAUCUGCUAAUGUUUUUGACACAGAACAGAAAAAAUUGCCUAAAAUAAAAGAUCCUGAGAGACCAGCUUAUAAUUUCCCUAGAAUAUUGGGUAUCACUGAUAGAAGACGCAACCAAAUACUAACAAAUAAAAUCCUUCAACUAGUUGAAAGAAGCAGUGACACAGAAGCUACUUUGUCCAAAUAUGUAGUAAAUGAUGUUGAAUGCAAAACUGUAUUUGAUAAGGAAGAUGAUUUGAUACAGUUUCAAGAUGUUUCAAAUAUAUUGGUAACAAGUAACAAACCUCUCACUCAUGAUACAGAGAAGGAUAUACCAUUUGUUGAGAUACCAGACUUAUAUCCUAUAAAACAUACCAUUACUAUGCCUCCAGAACAUUUUUAUACAGAAACUAGUAAAUACCCAAUUCGACCUACUGUAAGCAUGAGGCAUCCUCACACAACAUGGCUGCAUUUCAACAGUACUGAAGUGAACAACAUCUAUGAAACACCUGUCACACUACCACAGAUCUUGGGCAGGUCGCUCACACAUGCAUUUACUGUGGCCACGUCUUAUGCCAAGCAGUUAUAUGGGGAAAAUGUCAAAGAUCUACCAGAACCAGUGUACAUCAAUUGUAUACAAACAGAUGGACAAAACUAUCAUUUUGGUGUACUAGAACUGAACACCCUAAAUCUAGAUGGCAAGGAAGGUGCUACUAAUGUAUGGUACUGCAAAAAUAAUCUUAAAUUGUAUGACUCCAGCAGAUAUUUUAGUGGCAUGCCAGUACUUGAGAAUUAUAACCCAAAAGUGUAUGGAUAUAUUAAUGCAUUUUACAAUUGUUAGUAUUUGUUAAUAGGUAAAUUUAAACUUGAUUAGUUUAAUAAAUAUAUAUGAAAAAAUA